CAACUACCGCCCCAACCACCACCCCAACUACCACCCCGACAACCAUCCCAUCGACCACCCUGGCAACAGGGGAGCAGUCUUUGUGGCCCAGCGUUACUCCAACAAGUUCUAACUCUGGCAGCAGCGUUGCCCCAAACAUCAGUACUUUCCAAGGCCAGGGGACAGGUGAAGAUAUGGGUGCAAGUGGUCCGACCUCAACCCCUGCAUCGCAUCAAAACAGCUUGCUCUGGCUAGGGGGACUUUUCGGAGGUCUCGCUGUUGGGUGCGCUGGCAUGAUGAUUGCGUUCAAUUUUCGCUCUAAAGCAAUCAAAACGAAAGUACCCCAAGCACAUGGUGCACUGGAAGGAACCUACACGAACAAAUCCGAUAUGAACGUGUCUUCCUUGGGCCGGCCCAGCGUAGCAGGCAUAUGGAACAGUCCGGACCUGAACGGCGCCGGGGGCUGUGCCAUCGCCGAGGACGAGGGCGAUUACCAGGAUUGCGAGCAGUUCCAGAAGAAUGUCUACAGCCAGCUGCCCGCGCUGCCGCGCAACCCUCCGCCGUCGUCGGGGAAACGCGGUUCCACCGUCAUUGGCGGUGGUGGUGGGAUUGUGAGCGUCACACACAGCACUCUGGAUAUACCGGCACACAUGGUGGACAAGAGCUCGAGCUGCGAGUCCAUCGUGCCGAGCUUCGGGCACGAGACGCUCACCUCGUCGCAAAGCUUCUACGAGGUAGACGCGGACGACGCGCGGUACAGUCGCAACGCCUGGAAUGAGCUGGAGGAGAAGUAUUCGCACGCCACCAGGCCCGACGGCAACGAGAACCAGUACAGCCGGAACACGUGGAAUGAGCCGGAGGAGGAGUACUCGGUCGCUGCCAGACCCAUCAGCACGGAAGAGGACGGGGUGUACGCUGAUACCAACUUCACUCGUCCGCCGACCAGGGAUUGCAUCUACUCCGGCUGCGGCGAGACGGACAAGUACGCCGCCACCGAGUUCGAUCGGUGCGACGCCGACGAGGGCAUAUACGCAGAGACCGACGGGCCAGGAGGUGUUGUGAGUGCAGCCACUGAUCUCUCUCGCAGAAGCAGUAGGUAUCAGUUCACAGGUGUCACGGCAGCUGGAGAGGACACUGCCCUGGCAUCAUGUCGCACUCCGUCGCCGCAAGUCGCAACGAGAGAGUACCUAUACUCGAACAACGUGGAUCCAGAUGGUGACGAAGAGUACCUAGACUCCAAUUGUCUCGGUUCAGUCACACCCAGGCUGCCUAUCCGCCAGUCAAUUAGCAAUUACUCCAUUCCCUUCGUGCCUGAAAGCACUAGUGACGGCGAAGAAGAAAGAUAUGCUCCCGCUCCUGCCUCUGCAGCAGGUACGCCUGUCGCGUCAAGCGUGUAUGAACUUGACAAACCCCGGGGCAUGCCUGAAAAGGCAGGCAACAGCGAAGAAGGCAGGUAUACUCCUGUUUCUGCAGCAGGUACUCCUGCCACAUCCAACGUGUACGAGCUUGACAAACCGCAGGGCAUGGCUGAAAAGGCAGGUAACAGCGGAGAAAACCGAUAUGCUCCCGCCCCUGUUGCUCCGGCUGCAUCCAACGUGUACGAGAUUGACAACCCAAAGGGCUUGAUUGCAAAUGCAGUUGCGCCAGCUGCAUUCACUGUGUGCGAGGUUGACAAGCCACAGGGCGUGGUUUCAAAUGCAGCUGCACCUUCGUGCAACAUUUAUGAGAUUGAACCGGCACGAGGUGUGGUUGCAUAUGCAUCUGCACCUUCGUCCAACAUUUAUGAGAUUGAACCGGCACAAGGUGUGGUUGCAAAUGCAUCUGCACCUUCAUCCAAUGUCUAUGAGAUUGAAACGUCACAAGGCGUGGUUGCAAAUGCGGUCGCGUCUGCAUCCAACAUAUACGAGAUUGAGACGUCACAAGGCGCGGUCGGAAAUGCGGCUGCACCUGCAUCCAAUGUGUACGGUCUCGAAACGUCGCAGGACGUCGGUGCCAAUGCGGCUGCGCCGUCAUGCAACUUAUAUGAGAUUGGAAUGCCACACGGCAUGGUUGCGAAUGCUGCGUACGGCUCCUCUGAGAACCUGCGCAGCAUAUUUCCACUUGACGAGGCCACCUAUGCUACCCCCUAGCAAUCUGCGCCUCUUGCUCAAGAUGACCAGCGGAGCGACAUGUGCUCUCGUCGCUUGUACAACAUUGUAAGCAGUACUGUGCAGCAGUACAUUAGUCCGCAGGCCCUACCCUUCACCCGACGGCAUUUGAGGCUGUGCUCAAAUUUCAGCCAUAUUAGUAAGGCGUAUGUCACAACGAAUCAAACACAUCCGCUCAUUUUCACUCGUGUCACCGCACGCUUUCAUCCUGAUCCUUGUUGUCCAGCAGAUUGUCCACCUAGUAAGUGUCCUGCCACCUUGUUGUCCAUAUAAUUGUCGUGCUGACGAUCAUAAUGCUAAAUAUCGUCAUGCCGUUUGAGCAUCCUCAUGGUGCAUCCUGAUGAGUGUCAUGCUGAUGAGUGUCAUCCAGGUGAUUGUCAUCCGUGAUGGGUGUCAUGGCAAUGAUUGUCAUGCUGUUGAUUGUCGGCCUUUGGCACAAUAACGCUGUCGUCCUGGGGAUUGUCUUCCUGAUGAUUAUCCUCCUGAUGAUAUCUGAAUUGUGCUGUGUCAGCGACUCCUGUCGACUGUCAUGACAUUUCAAUCACAUUAGCGAGAGUUGUGAGAGUCCAUGCCUGAAACGCAUAUUGUCAUAACUAUUGUUUGAUAGGUACAUGUACAUGUACAUGGCGCCUGUGACCUAGUCAUGCCCUUGCCUGCUCCUAUUCCCUUAUUGCCUGCUCCUAUUCUCGUAUUCCGAUGACCCCUGCAGUUAGUUAUCAGCCUGAGCAAUGUGUGCGUGUCUGUACAUGGGGAGGUGACAACUUGGGCAUUAUAGCAAUUCCUUGCUAUUAGUUGCAUAGAGCAGCGUCUGCCCUUUGCUUCCCUCUUCUUGAGACACUCUGCACUGCCUACAUGUAUGUAAUUUUUGCAUGAACCGUAUCAUUUGGUCGCAAUACACAAUGGCGUCCAUAAUACUUGUGCUAACGUACCCCCUGCCUUGCAAAUAACUGCUCCGCAUUCCAGGGGCCAAGGCAACAUCACUGGAAAGACUAGUCCUAACUGUGCCCCGUGGCCAAACUUCGGGCUUGAUUCCGACCUGCCCCCCCCCCCCCCCCCAAACGCUCUUCAUUUCCACAUUAUCUUGAUUCUUUUUUCCCCACUGUUUGACAUGGAUUUCUUUCGUUGCCAAAUUCUUCUGCUCUUUCGCUAUUCAUGGCACUUCUUGCUUUCGCUCUCUCGCUGAUUUUAUAUCCCAUUUUAGAAUUCCGAAAACA